UCUCUCUUUAAUCCCCCUUCCCUUUCCCUUGUCCUUAUUCUUCUUUGUUCAUGUUGGUUUUCUUUUUUUUUUUGUUUUUUAAUUUUCAUUUGGAAGUUGGAUGUUUAUAUUUUCAGUUUGAAACUUGUAGUGUUUGCCAAUUAUUAGUGUUUUAUUCAUAUGGAUUCCCUCUAUAUAAGACAAUUGGUGCUUAUUUUUUAGUUUAGCAUCAUUGCAGACUGCACUUUCUCAUUUCCUUUUAAUAAUUUUUAGUUAUUCCUCCCUCAAAUUACAUUGUAUUUCCUCUUAAAACCCAAAGAGAAACUCCCUGCUUUUGAGAUUACAUGGUAGCCAUUCUUGAACAACUAUGAUAUAGCAUUAUUAAUUUGGUGUCAUUAGAUAGGUUGUUUAAUUUGCGUCCAACAAGAUCAAGGUUGCGCUAUUUGAGCAUCAACUAGGCAAGUUAUGGUUGAUAUUUAGGCCAUUAACCAGUCUGACAGGAUUCCAUCUUUAGGUUAUUUAAAAUUUUAAAUUAGAAUUUUAUUUUUUUAGAACUUAUUUUGGGACAUAUUGGGUUCAGAAGUUGUUAUCUCUUCUUCCGGGAUUCUUGUCAAACCUGUAAUGGGUAAAAGUAAAUUAUUGUUAUAAGUUUAUUUUAAUGAGUUUUACUUAGUAAAAAGUUAUUCCAUCCAUAAGUAUGAGUUAGAGAGUGAUUAAAAUCUUUAGAUUAGGGAAAUGAGUCUAUAUAAUGCCCAUAACUUUGCAGUAAAAGAGAAAGAUGAGUUUGACAAUAGAAUUUUGGCCCUGUUUUUUUUUUUUUUCUUUUUUGUUUUGAUGAUCAAGUAUUCUGUUUUCCUUCUUCGAUAUAAUUCUACUGAAGGUCUCAUAUGGAGUUUCAUGUGACUGCAUACUUGAUUCAGGAAGGCAGAUGCCAUAACUCUAAUUAUCUUCAUCAAUGCAUCCUCUUCAUGUCUCUAUUUACUCUUACAGUCUUACUCCAUCUAAGCCUUACCCUAACUAUAUGAGCUUUGCCAUGUGAAUGCUGUUUCACUAUUCUGUUUUGUUUAAUGAUAUAUCCAUUGUUAAAUUGAACUCAUGUUUCUUUACCCAUCCUCAUCUAAAAGGACGUGGGAACCCUUGCCUAUUUCUCAUCAAAACCAGUUAUUGCUGUGACACAUCACUUCUGGGAAACACCCUAGGAUACCCUUGCCCAUUUGGCACCAAACUUGGGUUAAGAUGUAGCACAUCACUUCUAGAACUUAUAAGUUCUUGGUAUCACCAAACUUCAAAAGAUGUAUGAACAAGUAGAUAGAGAUAAUAAAAUAACAACAUACAAGCAUCUUGAUUGCCAUAGGGAACUUGUUUAGCUAUGUGCUUGUAUAGCUUUACACGAUAGACUCCUUUUCUGUAAUGUUGGUGCUGAUGUUGUAUACACCUUUGGGAUUAUACAGAUUAAGAUCCACAUGUUUAUAGCACAUAUCUAAAAGCACUUUGAAAGGGAGAAAAAUACUUGUAGACUUUUUUCUACCAAAUACAAAAAAUGCCUAAAUAGGAGUGUUCCUGGAACCAACAAAGGUAGGCAGCAGAAUUUGGACCCUCUCUCCUUCUGGUACCUUCUCUUGUGCUUCCUUUUUAAGCCUUAACACAACCAAUUGUUCCCUUUGGUCUGUCCUUUCCUGUUAAGGAGGUGUGGUCUCAACCUAUUCCUCCGAAGGUGGGAAGUUUCUAUUGGGAAGCCUUCCUGGAAAGAGUUCACACAGGAGAUCUUCUUCAAAGAAAAAGGCUCAAUAGAUGUCUGUCUCCUCAUUGGUGUGUCCUUUGUAAAGCUGCUAGUGAGUCUGGGUUUCACUUACUAAUAUCUUGUCAAUUUGCAAGCUCUAUUUGGGAAUGGUUUACUUCUUUAUUUGGGUGUAGGUGGAACUCUCCAACGGAUGUGCAAAGCUUGUUUAUUUCCUCUCCUUCUAGCUGGCCAACUAAAAGAGCAAAGAUGGUGGAGAUGUGUUAGGGCCACAACGUGUUGGUCUAUUUGGGAACAAAGAAACUUGAGAAUCUUCUCAAAAAAUGAAAGAAGUAUGGAAGCAAUGAUAGAAGUGAUUCAUGCAAGGGUAGUUCAUUGGAUGAAAACAUUGGACUUAUUUAUGGACUUCUCAGUUGACAAUUUGUCUAGGAAUUGGAAGGAAAUUGCAGAUUCAGCCCCAGCCAAGAGGGUCUCAAAUUCUGUUUGGACCCCUCCACCUAUUGGCCUUACCAAGCUGAACUUUGAUGGCAGAAGCAUGGGCAAUCCUGGGCCCUCCGGAAUAGGGGGAGUCUUGAGGGACGAAAGAGGGACUGUGAUGGCUAUGUUUCCUGGCCCAAUUGGAAAAUAGGGGACUCAUUGGCUGAGAUUUUAUCAGCUCUGGAAGGGAUUCAAAGGGCUAAGGACUUGAACAUAAACAAGCUGAUCUUAGAAGGAGACUCUGAAACUGUAGUGAAUUGGUGAAAGUUAGAGGGUCAAUCCCACGUGACUAUUGGAAGAAUGCAAUCUACAGGAUCUUCGAGCAGUGGAGGUGAAAGUUAAAGGGGUGGCACCAGAAUCAAUUCCAAAGACGUUUGAAAUCCUUGUUGACAAUGUCUGGUACAGAGUAUGGAUGGUCUCGGAGCUGGAGGUGGAGCUUUGGGGAAGAAGAACCAAGGUAGAAGAUGAAGGGGAUGUGGCGGGGUCGAUCCCACGUGGCAGACAGGUGUUGGCGGACCUGAAGGUGGAACGACAAAGGCCUAAGGAGGUAACUGAAAAGCGGCAACUGGAAAACCAAGAGACAAGAAAGCCAUUUAAGGAAAAAAAAUUAAAAUUUUUUGAAGUGUCUUGAAGUGGGGGGGGGGGGCUCGAGCAUCCUUUGCUGACGUGGUCAAGAAGAGGGUUGGACCACGUAAUGGCUUGUCGCAGGCUGGAGGGUCUGAAACGGUUGGAGGUGGGGCCAGGCUGGCUUUAGGUUCGGUCCUGGGGCCACGUGACUGUUUAAGUGAGCACGUGGCCCAGGACAAACUGAAGGGGAUUAUAGAUGAAAAAAGCGUUUAUUUUCUUCCUUCUUGAAGAAGACCUACGCAGGAGACCCUAUUCUGGCUUGGCGGAAAAUGAAACCUCUACAAUGGAUCCCUAGAUCAGUGUCUGAGCAUUCAAAAGGAAGCAGCUCGGUGAAAGACAGACAGAAUCCCAGAUAUGUAAGAGAGGGUGGUGCGGAAAAGGAAGGAGUUGACGAGGGAUGGGUAAACUACCAACUGGAAGAUCCAGAUCUGGAAGAGGACUCGAACGACCAGUCCAGUAUAGGCAGUAUGGAGGUAGACCAACUUUCAAAGGCGGAUUUGGCUGCAACCCUGCACCUUGGUACGUUGUUUUCAGAAGAUACAGGGGAAGGAUAUAGGCUGGAUCGGCUUAUACACCAAGAGAACAAGGGUGGGGAAGGCAAUGACAAUCUGGCUUUAGAAGUUCCUGUACCAAAGCUUGACAAUGGGCGAGAGUUUAGUAAGGAACUAUCCAUGACUUCUCUGAAGCAAAGAAGGAACAUAGCAAGGAGGGACGAACAGUUGGGUGCAGAGAGGGACUACUGUAUAACAAAAGAGACAGGAAGUUCAACUCCACAAAUCCGAGCCAAGGAGCUAGCCGACAACCACACCUUCCAGGAUCCGAUAGCUUCUAACUCUAGUGCCUCUAGUCCGCUCCAGAUAAACCAAGGUGUCUCCUCAUAAGAAAGGCAUAAGAAAUGGACCAAAGGCUUUGAAACCUGUUCCAGUAAUAAUUCGCUGCAAGAGCUGUGGUCG